AUGCAAUUCUCAGCGCCUGAGAAUAGCGGAGUCACGCCGCGCAUGGAAAGACCUUAUCGCGCCGACGAAGUUGUUGGACAUUCCAAAGGUUCUACCCCUGGAAGUAUUCUACUGGCCAACGAUACCUGCCAAGUCUCAGAGUUCAUAUCCUUGUUCAACCUCGGAUUCAGCACACUUGUGCGCGACAACCCACCCAGCAUUUACAAAUAUCCCAUACUGGAGAAGAGCAAGCUACAGUCUCUUUCUCGAAUCGCUCCUUCAGUAUUCAGUCUUAGAUAUCGCGAACUGCUGCCCUUGAAGCAUCACAACGCUGCCAUGCAGCGAAACGCUGCGUCAGAUAAACACCGUAACCAAGGAAAACAUCGAAGAGAAUGUCCAAUUUCACGACGACUGGGACAUCAAUGA